AUGCACGGCAUAUUGUCUGGAACAGAUGAUAUAAGGACGCUGUUACCCCCUAGGGGAAAGGGGUUGGUUUUUGUUUCUCUCUUUGCUUCACCACACGACUUGGCUGAACAGAUUUGGCCGGGAUCUGUGAAGAAUUUUGACGACCUCUCUUGUUUGGUUUGGCCUUUGCCACAGGCAACGACUCAAUCUGUGGACGGGAUAUGCCACAGCUGUCUUGAUAUUAAGUACACACGGACGACGCCCUCUCGAUUCAGAGAAACUUGUCUUGUUUGUCGUCAUCCUCUUUUCGCGUCUGCCUUCAUCGGCUGGACUUACUCCUCGUGGAUAGAUCGUCUUCGGUCUCGUACAGGCGUUGUCUGUGUGCUGACAGGCGAAACGGUUGAGUCUUACUCAUACUUCUCCUCUUUCGUUCUCCUGCACGUUGUCUCUCUCCUCAAGGCGAGGCUAACAGCAAAGCCAUUUCAGGCUAUUCCUCAUUCAUCGUCGCUUCUAGCGGCAAAAUUCAAUAUCAUUUUGCCCCUAGCCCCCAUCACGCUCCUCAAUUUGCUCCGUGCUUCUGAUAACCCCCCUCGUUCCAAUUGCAGUAUCACCGUAGUCUUGCGGGCGGUAAACACUCCGGUCCUUGGCUUUUUGUGCGCCCCCAGAUCAAGGGAUAUUCAAUAUUCAUCUCUUGGUGUUGAAUGGGGUUGCAAAGAGUUGUUCUUUUUAGUCACAGCUCUUCAGCUGUUGGGGGCGGAAUUUGAGUAG